AUGGCUCUCAAUGGCGAUAUGAUGCUCCGCGAGCAGGUGCACGCGAUGCGCACAAAUGCGGGCCGCAAGCGUGCCACAUCGCUUCAGAGUUUUUGCUCGGCCAACGCAGACUCCUCAACAGAAAGCGAUGAUGAUAUGCGGCUUUUGGUGGAUUAUCCACAGCAGAAUGGGCGUCAUAGAAUGCGAACACGAUUCAAUAGUGAUACGACGCCGGUUAGGAAGAGUUUUCGAAGAAAACUGAAGAAAAUCGCCGCGAAAGACAAGAGAUCGAAGAAGCCCGCUUCUGACGACGUCUUCUCGGGCGAUGAUGAUGGAAUCGAAGUGGCUCGUGGAGCACCAACGACGUAUGCGGCGCCGUCGAAAUUGCGCAAAUCGAAAGCGCUCGAUUGCCUCGUGUCGGACAAAAUUGGCAAGCCGAGUAUGGAGCCGGUGCUCACCGCGAGCAUCGAGAACGCCAAGUGCCAUUUGAACAAUGUGCGAAUGAAAGUGUUCGCGGCGAGAACUGCAAUGCAAUUGGAGCCGACGCUAGUGGACAACACCAGAAAGAAUCUCGACGCGAAAAAAUCGAUAUUGCCGACCAACACGUCGCCGGGAGCGUUUUCGCUUCAAGCCGCUUACAAAUUGGCGUCGUCGCCGGACACGCGAAUCGCGACGACGUUGUCGUGCGACGCGAAGCUCACACGCGAGGCGAUGACGAAUCUGAUUCGCAACAGCUACGAGGACACGGCCAUCACACAAGAGUUGUUGUUCUCGACGAAAUUCGACACGAAAUGGAAGAAGCGCUACACGAAUUUGUAUAUGCGACGCGACGCCGAUGGCAAACGGCCGAAGAUGCCGGUGAACAAUCAGGGAUGGGUGAUGCCGCUGAAGAGCAUCUGCGAGAAGUUCGGCAUCAACGCGUCGUUCUUCACCGACCAUCGAUUGGACCUGCAUUCGGCUCGCGAUCAGGUCCUUCUCAUGAGGCUCUUGUCGAGGGAUCAGACGAGCUCAUGGAUAAGCGGCAUUCAUCCGGAGGCUGUCAAGAAUGAGCAGCUCGCUUCGUACCUUCUCAACUCGAUGAAUGCGAACACGAUGAUCAAACGCGUGCAGGCGUUCAAGGCGAAUGUGUUGGCGGAUCGAGAUCGUGUCCGACAAGCCGGACAGUUCUACAAUAACAUACGAAUCGGGAAGCGGAUGUUCGGCGCGGCGAGAAAAGCGAAAUUCAUUUCGACGAUCAUUGGUGGAAUGGAGCGCCGAUUCGAGAUUCUCGAGAACUCGGUGAACCACAUACCGUUCACGCACGACGCCUCGUCGGCGAACGUCGACAAAAUUCGAAAUGCGCGGGUUCAUUGCAAAGACGCGACGCGAGUGUGCCUCGAAUUUCCGUACAAUUGCGGCAUGCACGAUUUCAUUCAUGCGAAUCGCGUUUCCGGUGGUCCGUUGUUCAACGAGUUCAUUAUGACACAAGCGCCGAUGAGUAAUACCGUUGAUGAUUUUUGGCGAAUGAUUUGGCAAGAGGAGGUGCCUUAUAUUGUGAUGCUCAUUAGCCGCAAAGAGCAAGAGCGAUGCGCGAAUUAUUGGCCGAGAAGUCCGGCGGACGCGGCGAUUUGUGUGUCGGGCGGUGUGCGCGUCGAGAAUUUCGGUGUGUACCAAGCGCCGGAUCCGUUGUUCCGCGUCACACAUUUGCGCCUGAUUGGUCCCGAUCAGGAAGAGCGCCACGUUGAGCAUUGGCAGGGCGACUUGAACAACUCGUCGAAUUUGUACUCGCCGCUCAACAUUCUACGAUUGCUUCGGAACACGUCGAAGCCGGUGGUGAUUCACGACCAUCUGGGGGUGUCGCGUGCCGCGUGCCUAGUCGCCGCCGAGAUUGCGAUUUGUAGUCUCCUCAAAGGACCCACCUAUAAGUAUCCCGUGCAGCGAGCCGUUCAGUUUUUGCGUCAACGUCGCGCGUUCGCCAUCGAGACGCCAAUGCAAUACAUUUUCGUGCAUCGACUCGUCGCGUUCUUCUUUCGCGAUGUGAUGGGCCAUGUGAAGGAGUUGGACGCCGAUUAUGACCGUUGGCUUCGCGACCGAUCGCAGCGGAUGUUCCUCGAUGAGAUUGAUAGUCCGAUUCCCGGUUAUCGCCUACUAUCGCCGAAAGCCGAUCCCGAUUUGGUGCGAAUGGUCGGAAGGCCCGAACGGCCCAAUUAUAGACGAGAAGCGCCGGAUUGUGUUGGCGAGAUGCCGGGAAAGAUGGCGUCCGACGCUGAAAGUAUUCUAUCGCCUCCGAAAAAGUUGCUUUUCGAUUUUUGA